AUGUCUGAAGCUACUUUCUCAAUUAGAAACGGUCCUACUUUUAAAGGUACUUCUUUCGGUGCUGAAAAAGCAGUGGCUGGUGAAGCUGUCUUUACCACAUCGUUGGUCGGUUAUCCAGAAUCCAUGUCGGAUCCUUCCUACACUGGUCAGAUUUUGGUCUUUACGCAGCCAUUGAUUGGUAACUACGGUGUCCCAUCUACCGAAGCUCGUGAUCAAUUUAACUUAUUAAGAUUCUUCGAAUCCCCACAUCCUCAUGUGGUUGGUAUCAUUGUUGCUGAAUAUGCUUAUGAACAUUCUCACUGGACCGCUGUGGAAUCGUUGGGUUCUUGGUGUAAAAGGGAAGGUGUUGCAGCUGUUACCGGUGUUGAUACCCGUGAAGUGGUCCAAUACUUGAGAGAGCAAGGAUCCUCUUUGGGCCGUAUUACCGUCCAAGGCCAUAAUGAUGCUGAAUGGGUUGACCCAAUGGGAGUUAAUUUAGUUGCUAAGGUUACCACUAAGCAACCAUACCAUGUUAGAUCCAUUGAACCAAGAUGCAAUGUUGCUUUGAUCGAUUGCGGUGUUAAGGAAAAUAUCGUUAGAUGUCUUGUUGCUAGAGGUGCUAACGUUACGGUUUUCCCUUACGAUUACAAGAUCCAGAAUGUCGCACAGCAAUUUGACGGUGUUUUCAUUUCUAACGGACCUGGUGACCCAAGUUUCUGUUCAUCUACCAUCUCUAAUUUGAAAGAACUGUUGCAGGAUGAAAAAUUACAUGAUUUACCAAUCUUUGGUAUUUGUUUGGGUCACCAGCUAUUGGCAUUGGCAUCCGGUGCUAAUACUCACAAAUUGAAAUACGGUAACAGAGCUCAUAACAUCCCUGCGAUGGAUCUAACUACUGGUCAAUGUCACAUUACUUCUCAAAACCACGGUUAUGCAGUUGAUGCUGCUACUUUGUCAAAGGAUUGGGAACCUUACUUCAUUAACUUGAAUGAUCAAUCUAACGAAGGUAUGAUCCAUACAAAGAGACCAGUAUUCUCUACACAAUUCCAUCCAGAGGCUAAAGGUGGCCCAACUGACAGUGCAGUUCUUUUUGACAAGUACUUCAACAACAUUGAACAGUACCUUGCCAAGAAAGAAGCUAAUGCAAAGCUUAACGCUACCACCCCCAUUGCCUUAAAGGUUGAGGAGUUACCUACUCAAAGAGUGCUAUAA